CUGAGGGGCGUGUCCGCGCUUCCUGCUCUCCCUGCCCGGAGUUGUAGUUAAGACAGAGCGGAUUCGCCGUUAGCUUGUAGUUGUGUGCCUCGGCGGGCUAAAUUAGCUGGCUAACUGGCAUCAACUACCGGAUAAAAUAUCGCUGUAACACACGUAUCGUUUGAGAGGAGUUUAUCGUCUGCUGAGAUCAUGGCAGAUUUCUCGCUGUCAGAUGCCUUAGGAGACGACUCUGCGGGCAAGGCAAAUAAAAUAGGAAACACUAACCCAACCGCCCCUGCCAGUAACCAUCCACCGUCUGCAAAUCCAGGAUGGCCUGGUGCGGCCCCAGGAGCCCCCACCCAGCCCUCCGCCCCGGGUAACUUUGCUGGUGGAUCAUCUGGCCCAGGGGCGCCAGGGCAGUUCCCAUAUCCCUCUGGCCCUGGAGCACCAGGGCAAUACCCGGGACCUCCUUCAGCACCUGGUGGCUUCGCCCCUGGUCCUGGGAUACCUGGACAGUACCCAUCUGCACAAUACCCACCCGCCCCAGGAGCUCCAGGGCAGUUUCCCUCCAGCCCAGGAGCGCCCGGGCAGUUCCCCGGGCAGCACCCCGGGCAGCAACCCGGGCAGCACCCUGGGCAGUUCCCCGGCCAGUUCCCCGGCCAGUUCCCCGAGCAGCACCCCGGGCAACACCCUGGGCAGUACCCUGGGCAGUUCCCCCCUGAAGGAGCUCCAGGACAGCUACCUGGAGGCCCUGGUCCAUUUCCUUCUGGCCCGGGAGCUCCCCCUGGGCCUUAUCCGAAUGUGCCUUACCCAGGAAGUCAGCCAGGAGGAGGAAAUGGCAUGUACGGACCUGGUGGUCCAGGUGCAUUCCCCCCUCCAGCUGGCCCUGGUUCUUUCCCUGCAUUCCCUACUGGAGGCUUCCCCCCAUUGCCCACUGGGUCAUGGGGACCACCUGCAGGUGGAGGCUUCCCUGCCGCCCCUGGCCCCUUUGGUCCUGGCCCCGGGCCUAUGGGUCCGUACGGUGGGCCUGCCGCUCCAGGAGGCAUGCUGAUGUUGCCGUAUGAUCUCCCACUUCAUGCUGGAAUUAUGCCACGACUUGUAAUCACGAUAGAGGCGGAGCCUGUUCCCGGUGCAGACAGAUUCCAAGUUGACUUCAUCAGAGGUCAAGAUGUCGUCUUUCAUUUAAAUCCUCGAUUUCAUGAGCAAGCAGUUGUCAGAAACUCCAACCUGGGUGGCUGUUGGGGGCCUGAGGAGCGGGAGGCAGCAUUCCCAUUUGCUCCCGGACGCCGCUUUGAGCUGAAGAUCCUCGUGGAGGAGGACUCGUUUAAAGUGGCGGUAGACGGCAACCACCUGCUGGAGUACGAGCACAGAGACGGCGGGCUGGAGGACGUGAACCUGCUGCGGGUGACUGGAGACAUCAUCCUAUACAGCGUAGCCCCAAACAUGAUCUGAAUCUCAGCCACUCAACCACAUGCUGUGCUGGAGACGCGCCGUCACACUCGACCCACGCGUUUGAAAUCCUUUCAAAUACCUUUUAUGGUGUUUUUGAGGCACAAUAGUCAGUAAGGUGCAACUCUUGCCUUUGUUAUCUAUCACAGAACAAAUGGCAGAUUAACCCAGGUCUGCACAAUUUAAUUAGUCUCUUUUUUUUGCCCCUUACAAUCCAAUCUAUUUAACAACAUAACAAUAGUGAAUGAGAAAAAGCGUUUUAAGGAAAUACUGAUUUAUCCCUAAUGAAAACAUUAAAGGCCAAGUGGAAUAUAUUAUCUGCAAGUUUGCUGUAACUCGUUUACGGUAUGUGUGUUAUCCUGUGCUUUUUAUAGCAUCAUCUUGAUAAGCCUACGUAAUGCAUGGGAGUGUGAUGCUGAAUAUCAACUUGGUCUCCUUUUCCCCUUCUCACUUCAGGGCUGCUGAGGCCCCACGGCUCACUGCUCUGUUACCCUUUGUAGGCUAAUGAUGGAGUUUCCAAAAAUGUAUUUAUAUACUUGACUAGACUCUGAGCGCCUCCUUUCUUCAGUAUAAAUCCUCUGGAGCUCUUUGACGAGAGGGUCGUGUUUUACGAAGUGUGAUUUCAUGUUGAAGUCUAAUGUAAUGGUAAAAAGUCAGGCUCAAUAUUAAAUAGAUCUUUGGAAAAGAGAGGGAUGGGAUUUCUGAUUUGUUGCCAAAGAUACAAUAUUUUGAAAUGAUAUGCUUAGAAAUAAAGGCCAACAAACAAGUAAUGACUGAAAAUGCUGUUUGAUUCAGAAUAUUGUACCCUUUUCUGCUUGUGCACAUAAUAAAUACUAGUUUCCCUGUU